AUGUUGAAGAAAAACCACUAUAUAGAAUUGGAAAAACUUUCGAACUUAAAGGAAAACAAAAAUCGUGAUGAUCAGGGUAGCAAUUUUACAAACCAACAAAUUCCUAAAUUCCUAACCAAAUUCAUUUGUGGGCUAAGCACUUCUGAAUUCACUUUAUGUGAAUUUGUCAUUAUCUACACUAGACCUUUAAAUAAUAAAAUUGGUUUAGGUGGGAAUGGCGAGUUCUCAAGUGCACUCACCAAAAUCACCUUGGAGGGAAUAGUGCUUUUGGUUUUAAAGUAG